AUGCCAACCACACGUGCUCAAUCAGUCGCAGCACCCGAGCCAGUUAACAACAUGGCACCCCAAUCAGAGGACAAUGUCGAAAUUGAGGCUGGAAGGCAAGAGGCACCUGCUUUGCCAGAAAUUCCAACCCCUACUAUUACUCUUCCAGCUAUUGCUUUUGAAGAGUUGGUUGCGCAGGUAAAGAGCUUACAAGAACAGCUGGCUUUUGCUACCAGACCCAUUGCUAGCCCUGUCAGGCAGCCAAGCGAACCAAUCAACCCUCAACUAGGAUUACACACUAGUCCACCGAUGCACUGGAGAAGAGAUUGCCCUCAACUCAACAACGUUGCCGGGACCGCAGCAGUGCCAAGGCCAAUGACUCAUUUGGCCUAUUGCCCAAGCGGACCAGCCACUCAUCCCAACCGUAUCCCUAUUCAGAAGAAUGUCAGGUGGAAGAAUCUUCCCCCGCCAUCUCCUUCCACCAACACUGUCAUGACUAGACAAGCAGCAAGGAACAGGGACAUGUCCAUCUUACCUGCAGCACAACACACACUCCCUCCUGCAAACGAACCAUUGAUCACUCAGGAUGUUACGCCUGUAGCGCCUGAACCUCAGACAUUACUUGCGCCAAAGAUUGGUACCUCUCAACGCCUCGAGGAACGCCAUCACUUCAAGACGCCAGUCUAUACCCUUGUUCGUUUCAAUGCAGGCGAAGGGACUCUCCAUCGACUUUGCGUCGAUUCCGGGUCAUCUAUUUCCCUCAUGGACGAAGACUUCGCAAACACACACCUCCGAAACUCUCCAAGACAUACUGCUAGUUCGUUCCAAGUCAUGGGUCUUGGAAGGACAUUUGCAAGCUCCUGGAUAGAAGCAGAUAUUCACUUUAUCUCCAAAGAGGGGAAACCUUUCAAUGCCCCUGCUGCUUUCUUCCUGGUACCCAACCUGAAGACGAAAAUACUCCUUGGAAACGACAUGCUUGAAACUUUUGGAGCAUGCAUCGAUCUCCAUGCCAAAACUCUCAAGUUCAACUCUUACGACAGUCUCAUCCCUAUCACUUCUUCAAUAAAUCAGGAUGAAGAAAAGGCAGUCAAGAUCCCUAUCCGUCUCAAAGAGGCAUACAUCAUUCGUGGGGGUCAUCAAGCAAGAGUGCCAGUGAACUUGGAUUCCCACUCUAUCCCUUCAAAUGUUUACCUCGUAGACCCCUGCCGACAAGACAGAAGAUUUGAGAUCGCAAGCUGCAAGCAGACGAGCUACUUGGCCAUGCUGUCUCAGUCAGAAACAGACCCAAAGCGAUAG